GUGCUGCUGUCUCAAGCUCAAAAAGAGGGUGAGGAGCAUCAACCUUUUCCAGUGCAGUUCAGAUUUAUGUUCCAAUCAUAAGGUCCAUCUUCUCUCCCUCAUUCUAAGGAGCCCUGCCAAAGCAAAAGCAUCCUGCAAUAAAGAAAAAGGAAGAAGAAAGGAAAGGACCACAUUGCCACUUCCACAUCUGCUAACUAGUCCUCCGCAAUUUGCUCCACUCUGUUCCCGGAAUCAAACUCGAGAGCUCCUCAUCCUCCCAACUCCCCCAUGAUUCUCUACUCAUUGUUGAUGCAAGAGAAGAACAACCCACAAAAAAGAAAACCAUGGUAUGGAAGAGUGAUGGAGGCCAAAAUUCUAUGGAAGCAUGUGACGAAUCCUCCAGCAGCGAAGUCUACCGGAAUCCCAGCCAAGUCCAACAAGCAGAAUCUAAGGAAAUCCACCUCCCAAAAGGUAGCCUCUUCCUUCACUCGGGUCUGCCUCUGCGCUCCCAUCUCCUCCUACAACGAGGUGUUCCGAGCAGAAGUCCCGCCGCGAAGAAGCUACAGUUGUACGAGGUCGAAAUCCGUCGUGGCGUCGUCGGAAAGGACCGUAAGCACGAGGACUUCUGCCGAGGGACGAAGAGUGUUCCGGGGGAAGUCACUGACGGAUGACGUGCUGAUGAGAAGGUUUGUGGUGGAAGAGGAGGCGAUGACGCAGCAGAGGAGGAGGAACCAGAUGGAGUUCGUCAGGAAGAGGAAUGCCAUGAGAAGGAAAAAGAUUGGGCCGAGUCCUCUCAGUAGGAUGGCAAUGGCCGAGGAAGAAGAGUAGUGAUGGUUCUCAACCGUGUUGUUACACUCCUUCCUAUCGGUCCUCACAAACAUGAGAGGUCUUUUUUGUUUUGGUUUUGGUUUUGGCUACUCUUUCUCUCUCUGUGAUAGGCAUCAAUUGGUAGGCAUUCGCUGAACUCGAGGUUGAGUUCUUUC